UUAAAAUCACAUGACAAACAGUCAGCUGAGAAGUUGCAGAUAUUACAAAGUGUAUUUAAACUGCCAGAGUCGGGAACUCGGGUAACUUUAAUUAUACAAAUGCUGUAGCUUGCAUCUAAAACGGCGUAGACGUGUUGAGGCGUGUCGUUGCGCACUUCUAAGUCAGAAGUUACAACAGCUCGCUCGGAGACAGAACACUGGAAGGAAAUGAAUGUCAAUGGAGAUGAUACCAGCACCUCUGGGGACGCCGAGGGGAGCGAGACCACCCCUUUACUGGGAAAUGGGGCGGGGCAAAGCAGGCCUAAAGGAGCCUCCUUCACAUCCUCUGUCUUCAACCUGAUGAACGCCAUCAUGGGCAGUGGGGUUCUGGGUCUUGCCUACGCCAUGGCGAGCACAGGUAUCGUCGGCUUCUGUGUCCUCCUGGUGCCAGUGUCCUGCCUGGCAGCCUACUCGAUCCACAUCCUCCUCCAGCUGUGUGACCUAACAGGUAUCACUACCUAUGAAGAACUCGGAGAGAGGGCAUUUCAAAAGCCAGGCAAAAUUCUGGUGGGAUGUACUAUUCUGAUUCAAAACCUUGGAGCCAUGGCCUCCUAUUUGUUCAUCCUGAAGGAGGAGCUGCCAGCUUCCAUCACCAGCUUCCUCAGUCCGGACGCCUCAGAGGAGCUCUGGUACGAAGAUGGCAGGACGUUGCUGAUUCUGGUGACGGUGUUUGUGGUUCUGCCUCUCGCUCUGCUGCCUAAGAUCGGUUUCCUUGGCUACACCAGCAGCAUUGCGUUCAGCUUCAUGCUGUACUUUGCAAUAGUGGUCGUAAUCAAGAAAUGGUCCAUCCCCUGUCCUCUCCCGCACAACGUGACGCUGUAUCAUCCAGAACAUACUCAGUUCUCAAAUUCCUCUGACUCAGACUGUACGCCCAAACUGUUAGUCCUGUCCACGAAGAGUGCGUACGCUAUCCCCACCAUGGCCUUCUCCUUCCUCUGUCACACAGCCGUGCUGCCCAUCUACUGUGAGCUGGACCGGCCCAGUAAGAAGAGGAUGCAGAAUGUGACCAAUGUGAGCAUCUCUCUGAGCUUCCUGGUUUACCUAAUCUCCGCCCUCUUUGGCUACCUCACCUUCUACGGCCAGGUAAACUCUGAGCUGUUGCUAGGCUACGACGCGUACAUACCACGUGACGUCAUGGUGAUGACAGUGCGCCUGGCCAUCCUGCUAGCCGUACUCCUGACAGUGCCCCUCAUUCACUUCCCUGCCCGUAAGGCCGUGACCAUGAUGCUGUGUGGGGUCAGGCCGUUCUCCUGGGUCGCCCACGUCCUCAUCACCUUCCUGCUGCUGGGCAUCGUGCUUCUGCUCGCUGUGUUCGUCCCAGACAUCAGGAACAUGUUCGGGGUGGUGGGCUCCACCACCUCCACCUGUCUCCUGUUCGUCUACCCCGGCAUGUUCCACCUCCGGAUCAGCAACCAGCCUCUCACCUCCUUGGGGUCUGUGGGUGCUGUGGCUCUGCUGGUCUUUGGUCUGUUUGUGGGCAUACUCAGCCUGAGUGUGAUCGUUGUCACCUGGACGCAGAACCCCUGAGCAGCACCACCGUGGAAGGAUACUUGAAGGGAGACUGGAUGCACACAGGGAAACAGAGCAGGGGAUCAGAGACAUCUCCUGGUAACAGUGCCAAACGAUCAUGUGGGUGACACAAAUAAUGUUAUGAUUACUGACUUAUUUAUUACACUCAGUGAUGUGCAACGCAAGUCAUAUUCUCAUUGACAUUACAAACUUGUUACAAACUAAUUCUGGUGAAACUGUAUUGUUGCUGAUUGUUCUCUUGCAAACUGGUUUACAUUCAGACAGACACACUUGUUAUCUUGAGUAAAAUGAUACAAUGUUCACUGAUAAUUUGGUUUCAGUGCUAAAUACAAUCAUCACACUUACCUUGAAUACAUGUGUGUGUGAGCUGAAAAUGUGAGAUUUUGAUUUAAGAUGUGUAAUGUCAUGUUCUGCUUGGCAGUUAUGCUCCAUCAAUGUGAUUAUCUGCCUGUGAUUGAAGGCACUCUGUACAGUGGUAUAGAGGAAUUAUACACCUCAAGAUCUUUAUAAAGAUUCAUUUAAACAA